UUCAUUUAUUGGGGACCUAUAAAACACCAAAGCUUGUCCCUGAGGUUCUACAUCAUUUCAUAAUCAUAACUCGGAUUCUCUGUGAUUUCUACAUCCUACAAAAUUUACCAUGGGAGUCACAACCUUUAAGCAGGAGUAUUCAUCUUCUGUUGCACCAUCACGUAUGUUCCAGGCUUUGAUCAUAGACUCCAGAACUUUGAUUCCAAAGCUGUUGCCACAGUUUGUAAAAGAAGUCAACCUCAUCCAAGGAAACGGGGAAGCUGGUAGCAUUGAACAAGUUAACUUCAGUGAAGCUGGUCCAUUCAAAUAUCUGAAACACAGGAUUGAUGAGCUUGACAAGGACAACUUGGUUUGCAAAUACACUCUGAUCGAAGGCGAUCCGUUAGGCGACAAGCUCGAGUCUGUUGCUUAUGAGGUGAGAUUUGAGGCCACUGAUGAUGGAGGUUGCCUCUGUAAAAUGAGUAGCAAUUACAACACCAUCGGUGAGUAUCAAGUGACAGAGGAAGAGGUGAAGGAAGGAAGAGAAAGCACAAUUGGAAUUUACAAAGUUGUGGAGUCUUACCUGAAGGAGAAUCCAAAUGUCUAUGCUUAAUUGCUAUUAUUGUUAUUAUUAUUCAAUUAUUGUUACAUGUGUCAUAGAUUUGAUAUACAAAGUUAUUCAAAUUAUUUUUUACAUUUGAUAGUGUGCAUCCACAGCCACAAUUAGAAUGGUUGCAAAGAUUUGAACUACUCAAUAAGGCAUUAGCAUGUAUUGCCAUAAAGGGUUGCGGUUUUGCAGAAUAUUUGUACUUUGGUUUUGGUAGUAACAGAAUUGAGGAUUUGAAUCA